CCACAAAUUUCAACAACGCCAACAGAGUAUUUCACAUCUUAAACGCCAAUUUCAAAAUUUUCCCUUUGAAUUUCCGAUCUCCGCAGAGAGCUCAAUAUUUUAGUUUUAUGCAGAUUAUUUGUGUGCCACCGUAGGUGCUAUUGGUUGGGUGGUUACAAGUAGCUAAUCUCAGGCAUGGAGGAUGCCAAUGAGCAGAAACAAGUAGAUGACAAUGUUGCACAGGCAGCUAUGAAGAAAAAAUAUGGAGGGAUUAUGCCCAAGAAACCGCCACUCAUAUCUAAGGACCAUGAACGUGCCUAUUUUGAUUCUGCUGAUUGGGCACUUGGAAAGCAAGGUGUUGACAAGCCCAAAGGACCACUUCAAGCCCUCCGUCCCAAAUUGCAGCCCACACAACAACAAACACGAUAUAGGAAGUCGCCUUGUGCUCCAUCAGACGGUGAAGAUGAAGGGAGUGCUCAACCAGAGGGUGGGACUGCCAAUGAAUGAAACUGCCCUUAAUCUUCCGAUCUUGUGAGGACUAUUGAUUGUUAUUCAAAUACCUAGAUGAUUGGUAAUGAAUAGUUUUCAACUGUUUCCAUGAAUAAAACUCGGUGAAAGAUGUUCCGAUUUUAGUUAAGUUCGACAAGUUACAACAUUUAUGCAGUUUGAGAGUUGUGGGAACUGAAAAGUCUGUUGUUCCAAGGUUUUUCCAACAUGGAACAAUAUUCUUCAU